AUGGCAUCAGGAUUGUGCCAUAUGUUGUUGUUCUUCGGUGAGUUUGGAAUGGAGGUCGCAGCUCGAGCUCUGGUCAGGAUAAAAAAUGGGAGGGAAUGGGGUUCGAGCAGGAGGGGAGAAAAGAGAAGAGAGGAGGCAGGGGAAGAGGGAGGAAGAGAGAGGAGGGGAGGGAAGGAAGAGGGAGGUGGGGGGAAGAAGAAAGAAAAAGCAAGAGGGAGGAAAGUGGAGGAUGGGGUGAUCGCGGUGGGUGGCAACGUUGGUGCUGCUGCUGUUUUCACCUUCCUACUAGUUUGUACGCUAGAAUUAAACACUCCAACAGUGCACUUCCUAACUCCCUCUCUUCAAUUGCUUUUACAUUUUGACACUGAUCUCUCCAACCCAAGAUCAGCAUAUCUCCAGCAGUUUACUGAUCUUCUUCAUCACAAUUUAAAAGCAAUGGAGGAUAUGUAUGGAUUGCCCUCCAGUAAUACUACUAGUACAGAAGGCAACCCUUCUACUUGUCAGCCUCCAAUUGCUGCAUCUCUGAAAGAAGACGAUUUUGAGGCUUUUGGGGCUUCAUGGUCUUCAGCUCUAUUCGAUUCAUCAGCAUCACCAGAUGCUGCAGGAGCUAUUACUUGUAAUUCCAUUAAGAGGAGUAGUACUACUGGAACUGGAUCAUCCUCUUCGCAGGAAGAGAGCUUUAGUGCAAUGAAAGCAAGCAUCUCUUCCCAUCCAUUGUAUACUAAACUUCUCGAGGCUUAUAUCGAUUGCCAGAAGGUCGGAGCACCACCUGAGAUAGCCAUGUUUUUGGAUGAAAUACUCCAAGAAAAUCAACUUUCCAUAAACAACACAGGAACAUAUUGCGUCAAUGACGAUCCUGAGCUUGAUGAGUUCAUGGAAACUUACUGUGAUGUGUUGAGCAAGUAUAAGCUGGAUCUUGAAAAGCCUUAUGAUGAAGCAAGCAAGUUCUUAACCAAUAUGGAAAGUCAGCUGAGCAAUCUCUGCAACAAUACUCCCAGAAUGCUUGAUGAGGCAGCAAGGUCUUCAAAUGAAGAUGGAAGCAGUGGUGAAGUGGAGGUUCUACAAGAGAAAAGCUUUAAUGGGCCAGCUGAAGUCAAUGAAAUUAAGGAAAAGCUCUUAGUGAAAUAUAGUGGUUAUAUAAGUUCCCUAAGGCGUGAGUUCUGCACAAAGAAGAAAAAGGGAAAGCUACCUAAAGAUGCUAGGCAAAUACUGCUGAAUUGGUGGAAAGUUCACUGUGAUUGGCCUUACCCCACGGAAGCAGACAAGAUAGCUUUGGCUUCAUCAACAGGUUUAGACCAAAAGCAGAUAAACAAUUGGUUCAUAAACCAAAGAAAGCGCCAUUGGAAACCACCCGAAAACCUACAAUAUCCAUCUCUUAUUAACAACAAUGAGUAUGGAUCAUUUUUCCUGAAUGUUGACUAA